AUGACCAUGUCCUCAGUGAUCCCUUCCUCCCUGCCCGCGUCCGUGGACCCUUUGAUGCCCUCCUCUACUUCGCACACUUCACCCAAGACUCAGAGUCUCGAAGUGCACACAAGUGCGUUGCAGUCGCGGUCGAGUGCGUCAAAGUUGCGGCGGUCUGCCGAAUUGAAUGAGGUUCUCGCCAGGUUCCGGCAGCAAUGGGAGAAGUCAGCAGAAUUUCGUGGUGUCCGACGGGAGCAGGUAGCGCCAAUUCGUGGAGUUCAACAGCUGCGGGAGAAGUUAGCGGAACUUCGUCGUCUCCGACAGCAGCGGAAGCAGCGGCUGGAGAAGAUAGCGGAACUUCGUGGUGCCCUCCAACAGCAGCGGAAGCAGGUAGCGUCAAUUCGUGGUGUCCGACAGCAGCAGGAGCAGGUAGCGCCAAUUCGUGGUGCCCGAUUGUAA